AUGAAGUGGCUGACGUUGGCGCUCGCUGCUCUCAGCGCCGGGAGACGAACAGAGCCAGAGUUUUGUGCCUCACCUGACCUGAUCGUGUUUGUCAAGUUCGUGGGCCGUCCCGUGCAAAAAUGCCACGAACUCAUUCCGCAUGAGUAUUCAGUUUGUUCAGCGGUGCUGCAUUUCUUGAUCCAGAGCCUAGCACAAUGCAAUCAGCGUGCAGGAUCCAACCUCGCAGUGGUCCGCGUGUUCUCGACGGAGGAGGAGGUGCAGCUGCUCAUGGACAGUGCUACUAUGUGGGAGUCAUCAAUGCCAUGUGCCAGCAAGUCCAACGUGAGCAUGAUCGAUCUCAUCCUGGUCUUCAGCAAGGAUCUGGCGGCCGACUCCAUGGCCAAGGCAGCGGUGGAUUUCUACGGGAAUGCCUUCGACCAGAAGGUAGCCUGGACGACUUGCUUCUCCGGCGUCAAGAACAUGUCGGCCAUGCUGAACCCGGAGCAAGACGUGUACGACAACCGCGGCUACACCACGAACAAGCACUGGGUCUCUGGUCCCAACGCAGUCUUCUCGAAGAUCAUGACGGCCAUGCUUGAGGGUGAGUUCAUGGACAUGUACGACACCUUCUUCCUCAUGGAGAUGGACGCGGUUCCCAUCAAGAGCGGCUGGCUCGACCAGUUCGAGAUGGAGGCUCUUGAGAUGCCGGGCGGCAACAUGGCCGUCCGCGGGAGCCAGUACCUGGGCGACAAGUGGGACUUGUUCAAGUCGAUGAUGCCGACCUACUUGGUGGAGCACAUCAACGGCAACGCCAUGUACAAUCUGAAGCACGCCUGGACCAAGGCUGUGUACGACGCGUUCCACAGCAUGGGCGGUGGCAGCAUGAUGGAAGAGAUGGCCUUCGAUGUGGCGUUUGCCAUGAUCACAAUGGAUGCCAUGUCUGGAAACAGCAGCCAGUUUGCAGCUGCGUGGACAGCCGCAGGUGGCGACAUGGCUACCUACAAUUGGGAUUCCAUGCUGGUGGGCAACUACGCCAACACCCUCCUGAACACCAGCUUCGAAUUCCCAACUUACAUCCGCCACGGUUCCAGCAAGAACCUCUUCGAGACUGUUGAGGAUGACGAAGUGACCCUGGGAGUGGCAAUGUUCGACUACCAGGGGCACUUGAAGUCGACCGUGCCCACGCACCACCCCUUCAAGAAGAUCCUGGCCCUGACCUACUACCCGCAGCCAGAGAUGAUGGAGACGAUCGCGGGCCCGAACGGCAACAUUAGCAUGGAGACUAAGACGGCCACGAGUGAUGCGUACUACCACCUGUGCGAGACAGCCUCUCUUGUGAAAACGAAGUGGUUCGCCCUCACGGACAACUACCACAUCAUCAAGGCACCUGUGAGCGUUCUGAUGGAGACGGACGACAAGCCCGUGCUGCCCUACGUCCUGAGGAACUCCAAGUACUGCGGCGAGCGUCCCAACUGCGAGGCUUCCAUGGAGCAGGCAGAGACGCUGUUCAGCAUCACGCUGAACUACCACCACGACAAGUACGAGGUGCUGUACAAGACCGAGGAUGCCAAGAAGUUCUGUACGGCCUGGGAUCUCGCAACAGCAUCUCAAUCGUGGAGCGACUGCAGCCUGGCCUUUGGCCCUACCGGGGACGACUACAUCGCCUGGAAGAUCAGCGACCCAGAUUACAACAUCACCAACGAGUUCACUCCAAAGGACAAGACACGCUACGGCUGGCGAGCAUGGACCAGCCUGUGGAACCCGGCUCCGGUCGAUUCCCGCGACUGCAGCACAACCCUCUACGGCCCGAAGGAGUAUCUGGAGACCCUCGGCAACAUCUCCAAGUGCGCAGUUUCCUAUGUGGAGGACGAGGCAGGCUGUGCUGGUGACACUACGUGCAUGUGGAAGCCAAUGUUCGAGUCGGGCGUUUGCAUUCAGGACCCGAAGACGGGUGUUGUCACCUCAACAACGGUGGCGGGAGCUGUCUACAGCAGCAUUGAAGUCUCUAUGGAAAUGACGGUGGAAGAUCCGGCCACGAUCACCGAGAACGCCACCGUGACCAAUGCCAUGAUUGCAGGUUUUGCAGAGGUGAUGGAAGUGGAUGAAGAGGAUGUCACGCUGGAGUUCGAGACGAACCGGCGCCUCAGUUCCCAUGCAAGGAAGCUUCAGGUCACUCUGACGGCCAUUUUCACUGUGACAAUGCCCAGCAUCGAAGCAGCCAUCGAAAAGCAAGUGGCAAUUGAGACAGUGUCUUUGGCGAAAACGACCGAAGCCAUCAGCACUGCUGUCGCCAGCACUGGCUUCACGGGCACCGUGGAGGUCACCGGCAAGUCGACGGUUCGCGUCGCUGUGACGAUGGUGAUGAUGGCGAGGCUUGGCGUCUACAGCUCGGCGCGGUUUCAAAAGAAGCUCCAGGUGCUCAUCAGGAAAGACGCGGACAAGACGGACAGCAGCGACUUCCACAAGCGCCUGCAGAAGCUCCUGCGAAAGCCACAGCUGGACAUCAUUGCCCAGUAUGGCUUUGACCCCUCGGAUGAAGGCAUCGAGGAGAUGACACUAGCACUCAAAGAGCUCGAGGAGGAUGCAGACAUCUACGUGAACGCCAUGGCCAUUGAGGAGGCACUGUACAGCUCGCUUGAGGUUGCCCAGGAAAAGGAGGUCCCAAGCGAUGGGGUGUGCCCCGCAAAGCCAGACACCAAGCCGGCUGUGUACCUCUUGCUGAGAAGCCUGCUACUCGGCGUACGGUUGCAGGUUUCCGUCGCUCUCAGCCUUUGCCUUCCGCUGCGCAUCGUUGGGCAUGGGAUGGCUUUGCCAAUUCUGCUGUGCCUUUAA